AUGGGAGAACAUAAUGCAAUUGAUAAACAGAAUAAUGGUUGCCCCAAUGUAUCAUCAAACGAUAAUAAAGAAAAUAAUAAAAAGAAGGAUAUGAUCGAAUUUAGUAAACAAGGCGACAAACAAAAUGGCAUUAAAGCAAAAAACGAGGUAGAAAAUAAAAAUACUGAAGUUGAAAGUAUUGAAAACUUAAAACAAAACAUAAUCACCAAUGAUAAACUUAAUAAUAAUGAAAAGGACGUUAGCGAUGAAACUAAUGGAAAUGAUAGCAAUAAUAAUAGCAAACUUGAACAAAGGAAUGAUCAGAAAAAUGAAUGUAAAAAGCGAAAAGAAAAUAAAUAUAUUAAAUAUAUAAAAGAAAUGCGAAAUGUACGAUUUUAUGGAAAUGGCAAGCCAAAAGGGCAAGAUGCACCACCUCAUGGAAAUAAGCAUAAAUUAGUGAAUAACACUGAAGAGAUUGUCGAAGAACCAGAGUCGAAACUCGAAACAUUUCGAAUAAGAUCUUAUUGGACUUUAAUACUAGUUUUUGGUGGUUUGCUUUCAAUAUCAUUGGGCCAUAUAUACUUAUCACUUCUUGUUUUAAUAGCAAUCACUUUAGUAUAUAAAGAAAUAAUAUAUUCAAAAAGUAUAGAAAAUAAAGAUAAAAAAUUACCCCAAUUAUUUUUCAUAAGAUGGUAUUGGUUUUUUUUAACAAUAUUAACAUUCGGAAUACCCUGGAUAAUACCAAAAUUUAAACAUCAGUUUCGAAUAUAUAAAUAUUUAUUAAAAUACCAUCCAAUCAAUAUGUUUAUAUUAGCCUUUAUUGGAUUUAUUUGGUUUGUUUUAUCUUUAAGAAAAUUUUCAUUAAAAUAUCAGUUUUCACAAAUAGGUAUGAUAUUUGUAACAUCCUUAUUUGUAGUUGCACAAUCAUUAAUGCAUAUUGCAAAUAUUUAUUCAGGAUUAAUUUGGUUUUUCAUACCUGUUAGUUCAGUUGUUAUAAAUGAUAUAUUUGCUUAUAUAUUUGGUAUAUUAUUUGGAAGAACAAAAUUAAUAAAACUUUCGCCUAAGAAAACAGUUGAAGGUUUUGUAGGAUCGUCUAUUAUAACAAUUUUAUGGGGUGUGGGAAUGUCCUAUUUGUUACAAAAUUAUAAAUUUUUUAUUUGUUCUCAAAAUUCAAUCUCUUUUAUACCAUUUUAUUCGUUAUUUAAAUCGGAUUGCCAUCCUAAUUCGAUUUUUGAGCAAAAAAUAUACUAUUUAUCAGAUGAAUUAACAACAUAUUUACCCAUUAAUAAAAUCUAUUAUACCGAGAUGGUUAUACAUGGAUUAAUAUUAAGUUUCUUUGCAGCAUUUCUAGCACCAUUUGGUGGUUUUUUUGCAUCUGGUUUUAAACGAGCAUUAAAAAUCAAAGAUUUUGGAGAUGUCAUCCCAGGGCAUGGAGGUUUUACAGACAGAGCUGAUUGCCAAGUUUUUAUGGGCAUGUUUACGUAUAUAUAUAUGAAAACAUUUGUUAAAGCAAAAGACAAACAUCAUUACUCAUAUGAUAAGCUUAUUGAUUCAAUCCAUAAACUUGAUCAGAGAGACGUUAUGGACCUUUAUAACCAUUUGAAAAAUAUGAUUGAUAGUAAAAAAAAUAAAAAAACUGACAAAAACAAUUAUCAACCAGAAAAUUCUAUCACAUGUGAAAAAAUACCAUCUCGUGAUAAUAAAGAAUGA